UACUUUCCCAGGCGGCUGCCGAAGAUGGCGGAGGGGCAGGUCUUGGUGCUUGAUGGCGGAGGCCAUCUCCUGAGCCGCCUGGCGGCCAUCGUGGCCAAGCAGGUACUGCUGGGCCCAAAGGUGGUGGUUGUGCGCUGUGAGGGCAUCAACAUUUCUGGCAAUUUCUACAGAAACAAGUUGAAGUACCUGGCCUUCCUGCGCAAACGGAUGAACACCAACCCGUCCCGUGGCCCUUACCACUUCCGAGCCCCCAGCCGCAUCUUUUGGCGGACGGUGCGAGGCAUGCUGCCCCACAAGACCAAGCGAGGCCAGGCCGCCUUGGACCGCCUCAAGGUGUUUGACGGGAUCCCACCGCCCUAUGACAAGAAAAAGCGAAUGGUGGUUCCCGCUGCCCUCAAGGUUGUGCGUCUGAAGCCUACCCGGAAGUUUGCCUACCUUGGGCGCCUGGCUCAUGAGGUUGGCUGGAAGUACCAGGCCGUCACAGCCACCCUGGAGGAGAAGAGGAAGGAGAAGGCCAAGAUGCAUUACCGCAAGAAAAAGCAGCUCAUGAGGCUACGGAAACAGGCCGAAAAGAACGUGGAGAAGAAAAUUAACAAAUUCACAGAGGUCCUCAAGACCCAUGGACUCCUGGUCUGAGCCCAAUAAAAUUGACUGUUAUUCCUCAAAAAAAAAAAAAGAAAAAGAAAA